AUGGUAAUGUUUAAGGGUUUAGUAGGGCUCGGCCUUGCUGCCGUUGGGGCCGCUUUUGAUUUCAGUGUGGAACAGCGCUCGAUUGAAGUGCCGCGAAUUGGAACUGACGUGAAUGUCACGUGUGGCGGAAAAGAAAUCGCAAUCACCGUCUCGCCGCAGUACAUCCAGAGGAAUUCAAUGUGGCUCCGCGAUGGCUCCUUUCUCAGUUUGAAUGACCCCGAGUGCGGCGGCGAAAAGGACGACGAUGGCAACGUUGUCCUCAAGAUUAGGGACGACUUUACAAAGUGCAACAUGUUGGUGGAAGAAGUUACAGGAAUCAACGGGAAAAACGAGACGUACGUAAGCGACUACAAGUUUACCAACGUGUUGAAGCACGACGCGUCGGAAAGCGCCGCGAUUGCUCGAGAACUGGAUCUGCUCGAAUUCAACUGUGUCUACCCAACCGAGCAGAUCACUUCCAAUUACAUGCAGCCAUGGAUCAAAACUCAAGCGCUGCGAACAAAAGUACGAAACUUGAAAGGAGACAUGCGACUGUUCAAGAACGAAAACUACACUGAUUUCUACACUGCCCCUCCUGUCCUCGCUCUCGAUGAUGUGCUCUACGUCGAAGUCAACCUGGAAAGGCCACUUAUCACCGAUAUUGCCAAGAAUUCCGAACUGGUGGUUGUUAUGGAGAAGUGCUGGGGUACUCCAGUGGCCGAUCGGGACAACACGAUGCGAUACUACAUGAUUCAGGAUGCCUGCCCCGUCGCCGGCGAUACAUCGUUGAAAGUGCACUCCAACGGCGUUUCUCUCCAAGGCCGAUUCGAUUUGAAAAUGUUCAAAUUCAUCGGCGACGACCUCAACGACGUCUGGCUCCAUUGCUCCGUCCGUGCCUGCGAAGCUACCAACGCUGAAGAUUGUGUUCCCCAAUGCGGCCAAAAUGGAAACCGAAGACGACGAUCCACCGGAAGCAACAAUUCCAAAGGACUUAACUACGUGUCACUCGAAGCCGUGCUGCUGGCCGAUCUACCUAUCCAGCGACUCCAGGAGCAUACCGAAGAAUUCGAAAUCCUCGACAGAAUCAUCAUCUCAAAAGGAAGCGUUACUGUACUCACACCCGGAACAGUUUCCUUCAAUGUCAUGCUAUGCGUCGUCGCACUGAUCUCCAUCCUCGCCGUGGUCUUUUCAAUCACGUGCUUGAUCGCACGAAGAAAACGGGACAUGAUGAAGGCGCUCACCGAAUCCUCUAACUUCUCUUCUCAGGAUCUCUACUAA